AAUGACAGUGUGAUAGGCGAGCACUGACAGGUGGAAACAUGGCGUCUAGUGAUAUUGUUGGAAAAUUAAUUAGCCUCCACAAAGAUUCGUAAAACAAAUAAUGUAAUCAUUAUGUAUAAGGAAUAUGAUUGUUGUAGUAAUUUAUUUUUCCUCGUGCUGAUUGUGAAAUAUCGCGAAAGUUAUUGCUAUCAUAUGUAAUCAUAUAUGAUAGUCCGUGCUACUAUAAUCACGAAUAUAUCCGUGAACUCAUAGCGCGCUUUCCUCAAUUACAAGCACGUCUUACGUGGCAAUAGUUAUCGCAUAAAGAUACCGCAUUGCUUUGUUAACAAGACGUGCGUUGUACGAUUUUUAGGGAUGCAUGAAAAGAGGAAAAAGUUACAAACCAUGCGUGCUUUAAUACUUGUAGGUGGCUAUGGAACUAGAUUGCGACCUCUUACUUUAAGUAGACCUAAACCACUUGUUGAAUUUGCAAAUAAACCGAUGCUUCUACAUCAGAUCGAAGCACUGGUACAAACAAAUGUAACGGAAGUGAUAUUGGCUGUCUCCUAUCGAGCACAGCAAAUGGAAGAAGAGUUGGUUCAUGAAGCAAAGAAAUUGGGAGUAAAACUUAUCUUCUCUCAUGAACCGGAACCGUUGGGUACUGCUGGGCCGCUUGCGCUCGCGCGUGAAUAUUUAUGUGCCAGUGAUGAUCCGUUUUUCGUUUUGAACUCUGAUAUUAUUUGUGAUUUUCCCUUUAAACAGCUUCUCGAGUUUCAUGAGAAUCAUGGUAAAGAGGGAACAAUAAUUGUCACUAAAGUAGAGGAGCCAUCAAAAUAUGGAGUAGUUGUAUACAAAGAAGAUGGAAAAAUUGAGAGUUUUAUCGAAAAACCGCAAGAGUUUAUAUCUAAUAAAAUUAAUGCAGGCAUGUACAUCUUAAAUCCAAGUGUAUUGAACAGAAUAGAAUUGAAACCUACCAGCAUUGAAAAAGAAGUCUUUCCAAACAUGGCUCAGGAUGGAGAAUUAUAUGCAAUGGAAUUGCCAGGCUUCUGGAUGGAUGUAGGACAACCUAAAGACUUUCUUACAGGAAUGUCUAUGUACCUUGCUUCGUUAAGGCAAAAGCAUCCCGAACAGCUUUAUUCUGGACCAGGCAUAGUGGGGAAUGUCUUAAUAGAUCCGACAGCUACAAUUGGGAAGGAUUGCAGAAUUGGUCCCAAUGUCACGAUUGGACCUGAUGUCACUUUGGCUGAUGGAUGCUGUAUUAAACGAAGCACAAUUCUUAAGGCAGCUGUGAUAAAAGAGCAUGCAUGGCUUGAUGGAUGUAUAGUUGGAUGGAGAAGUGUCGUAGGACGAUGGGUGCGAAUGGAAGGUACAACUGUACUAGGGGAAGAUGUUAUUGUGAAGGAUGAAUUAUAUAUUAAUGGUGGACAAGUUUUGCCACAUAAAAGCAUUUCCACUUCUGUACCAGAACCACAGAUUAUUAUGUGACCAAAGAGUGUAAUCUAUGCUCGCGAAUCUUUGAAGGCAAUACUAAUUGGCCAAGACAUAUAUAUGUUGAAAAAAUUUUUUAACAAUUUUUAAAAAUACUUGAAUGUAUAAUAUUUUCUAUACGUUGUUAUUAUUUUUAUAUAUUGCAUCUUUAAAAUCGCGUCUUUAAAAUAUUUUCGCAUUUAAACAUAAAAAAAUACAGAUUUUGCUUUAUAAAUAAUCAAAAUAAAAUUCUUUUAUCUUCUAAAACACAAUCACUUUUGUAUACGAUGUAGAAAAAAAAUUAGCUUACAUCAAUAUCAUAAA